AUGGUCUCCUUGCUGGCUUGGGCCACGGUGCUGCUGCUCGCCUGCCGAGUGCAGCUGCAAGUACAGGCAGCGGCCGUCUUCGCGCACUUUAUGGUCACAAACACGGCCAACUAUACUUCUAAUGACUGGGAGAACGAUAUUCUUCUGGCGCAGGAUGCGCACAUCGACGCAUUCGCCCUCAACAUGGCGUAUGCCGACUCGACCAACACGGGUGCCCUCGCUGCCGCGUUUUCGGCUGCCGAUAGUCUCGGCUUCAAGCUCUUUUUCUCCUUUGACUACGCAGGUAACGGCGACUGGCCUAAAGCCGACGUGAUCACCCUCAUUCAGCAGUACAGUGCUCACUCGUCCUACUACUUCUAUAAGGGACAGGCCUUUGUCUCGACGUUCGAAGGCCCUGGACGCGCCGACGACUGGCCCGAGAUCAAGGCGGUCACCGGCUGCUUCUUCAUCCCCAGUUGGUCCUCGCUCGGAGCCAAGCCUGCCGUGGCGACGGGGGUCGUGGAUGGUCUGUUCAGCUGGGCGGGCUGGCCCUGGGGCCCCCAGGACGCGGACACCUACGUGGACGCCUCGUAUCUCCAGUAUCUGGAGUCGCUGCCGUACAUGAUGCCGGUCUCGCCGUGGUUCUUCACCAACCUUCCCGGGUACAAAAAAAACUGGAUGUGGCGCGGGGACCACCUGUGGCAUGAUCGAUGGCAGCAGGUCCUAUACAUUCAACCGGAGUUUGUCGAGAUCAUCUCGUGGAACGACUACGGUGAGUCGCACUACAUCGGCCCGCUGUACGACCAGGCCAUGGAAGCGUUUGAGGUCGGCGAGGCCCCCUUCAACUACGCGACAGAAAUGCCCCACGACGGCUGGCGGGCAACGAUCCCCUUCUGGGCCGAUAUGUAUAAGGAUGGAACGGCCGAGGUGACUGAGGAGACGAUUAUCGCCUGGUAUCGGCUUACCCCCGGCGCGGCCUGUGACAGCGGCGGCACAAGCGGCAAUACGGCCUCCCAGCUGCAGGUUGAGUUCCCCCCGGCGGAGAUAGCCCAGGACCGUAUCUUCUUCUCCGCAGUGUUGGGCUCGUUCUCGGGCGCCGUAGUGUCGAUUGGAGACUGGACCCAGACGGUUGGGUGGUUCGAUGUGCCGGAUGAUGAUGUCGGGGUAUACUACGGCGAUGUAGCCAUUGGCGCCCAUCGGGGUCCGGUGACUGUGUCUUUGAUGCGUGAUAAUGUGAUUAUUGCGACGAUUGAGGGCAAGGCCAUCUCGUCGACCUGUGAACAUGGAGUUCAGAAUUGGAAUGCCUGGGUUGGAAGUACGUCUACCGGGGAGACCGUGUCGGCACGACCGACCCGUCUUCUGUCAGAGCAGGUCUGCAUGAACGGUACCGGCGCGAAUAAUUUUGCCGGACUGUGUGGGUUUGCCUGCCGAUACGGAUACUGUCCUCUGGGCGCCUGUACCUGCACGCGAAUGGGCAUCGGGUACGAGCCGCCCAACUCCACGGGUGUCCUCGGAUACCCGAUUGUGGGCGAAGGCGCGAGUUACAGCGGACUGUGCUCGUUUGACUGCAACCUGGGCUUCUGCCCCGAGAGUGCCUGCGGCACUGUGGAGGUCCCGCUCAGCACGCCGACAGUCUCGCCGUUCCUGCCCCCCGCCUGUGUGUCCGGUUCGGGUGAGGGCAACCUAGCUGGGCUGUGCGACUUUGGCUGUGCCCAUGGCUUCUGCCCCAUGAACGCGUGCACCUGCACGGGGCAGGGGGCGCUAAAUGUCAUGGAUCCGACAAGCGAGACCGUUGGGACCGCCGCACCGGGAGUAGACGCUACCGUCUACGGUCCUCUGUGCGAGUACACUUGUCAACGCGGAUACUGUCCCGAAGGCGCCUGUAUCGUCGCCGAGGACUCGGACUCGGGCUCGGGGUCCGGGGAUGGACCAGGCGAUGGCGAGGUCUACAUUGCCCCGUCGAUCUGGAAUAUGCCCUCGCCGGUCGUGCAAUGUGAGCCUCCGUGCUCGCUGAUCAUGCCUCCGCUGCAGCUGGCCAGCCCUUCUGUAAUAUCCAUCCCUCCCUGGGAGAGCCCCGUCGAGCAGAGUUACUUGACGACCAGAACGACUACCUAUGACGACGGAGUCGUCGAAACAUACAAUGGCUAUGCGGUUGCCACCACCACCAUUACCAUAUCCUUUCCCCCUUCGGUCGUCACCGAGAUCCCCGUAUGGGGAGUGACCAUCAAUGCCAGCCAGGCUCAGCCAACCGAGUUGGAAAUGACGAGGAGCAUCACCCUGCCCUAUAUGGUAUGGUCGCUUCCCCCGUUCGAUGAAGACCCCAACGCGACAAGCAUGACGGGGACGGUCCUUCCGCCCCCAUAUCCAUGGUCCCAGGCCAGCAAGGACUCCGAGCUCAAUACCGCGACCACCACCUGGUCGUCCGGCAGUGCGACUCCCACGGCAGAUAGGGGUAACCCGGACGUCGGCGUCUCGUGUAAGCCAUUCUGCCACCUGUGUCUCUUGUGCCGCCCAGACUGGAGCGGGGGCGGCGGCGGGGGCUCCGACGAUGGCAGCAACAGCAACAGCAACAGCAACAGCAACGAGGACGAGUGCAGCACGCGAGAGGCGGAGAUUUGCUCUACCGUGUGUGUGGCCGGGUCCGGGUGCGAGUUCGACUGCUCCACGACCACCGGCUGUUCCGUCACGGCCUCGGCCACCAGCACCGUGGGCACGCCCGCGCCCGCCGUGGCCAUCACGCUGGAGCAAUGGCCUGAAGCCACCGAGGAGCCCGAUGCAGAGGUGACCAGCAUCGCUCGGUCGCUCGACUCCCGGCUCUCCGCCCUGUAUGGAGACCUCACCGUCCUAACGGGAUACGAGGAUGGAGCCGCCACGGCCACGGCCACCAGCACCAGUCGCGCGACCACGACGACCAGCGCCCCCCCGGACCUCCCAACCUCACUUUCCGACCUCCAGUUCGUGAUCUUCCUGCGCAAACCCGCCGACUCCCUGGACUCCUGGACCUGGUCCGGCUACCUCCUCCCGACGUACUACGACGAGGAGUACGUGUGCAACAACGCGUACGAGGUUGUCACGAGCACCGAUAAUAUCCCAAAUCAAACGGAUGAGGACUCCGACUACGGAUACCCGAUGUAUCUGGGUCCGUUUGCCGCGCAGGAUUUGAACUGUGGGUAUGUGUCCCAAGGCCUGACGCCGGGCGACGUGCACUGCGGCACUCAGGUACUGACGUGCCUCGAGCUUGAUGCGCUGCAUGCUCUGGGGUAUCCGGGGUAUACUUGUGGGAAUACGGAGUUUUACAUGCAGGCUUGGUGCCCGAUGGCAGACUAA